AUGGCGAUGCGCUCGAGGCCGAUGCCGAACGCCCACCCGAUGCGGUGCGGCACGUCCGAGUUGAUCAGCAGCUCCUGCUUGAUGACCCCGCACCCCAGCACCUCCAGCCAGUCGCCCUGCCAGAACACCUCCAGCUCCCACGAGGGACUCGUGAAGGGGAACGGCGUCCGGGGUGCCGGCGGCGGCGGCGGCGGCCUUGCUCCCCUCGGUGAAGAUCUUGAUGACCAUGCGCUCGAGCGAGCGCUUGAGGUGCGCCGCGACGGCCUCGACCUCCUCGUGGCUGUGGUGCGCGCUCUGCAGCGGGUUGCGGUCCGGGUGGACGGUGGGGUUGGGGUCGUCGACGGGGACGUCGUGGGCGGGGAUUUUGGCGACGUCGCGACGAAUGGCGGCGGCGGUGGCGGCGGCGUGGGCGAGUGGGUUGGUCUCCGGACGCUUCCACAGCAUGGCGCCCUCCAUCUGGUGGAAGACGGGGUAGUGGCUGCGGUCGAUGGCGUCGCGGCGGUAGACGUCGGCGACGACGGUGUAGCCGACCUCGUGCGGGCGGGUCGCCUCGUUGCGGUUGAGCUGCUGGAAGUAGGCCUGCUGGUGGGCGCUGGUGUGGGUGCGCAGGACGGUCUUGUCGUUGAUGUAGUAGGUGUCGGUGCGGCUGCGGCCCGGGUGGUCGGCCGGGAAGCCCAGCACGUCAAAGUUGUUCGCCGUCGAGACGACCGGGUUCGGCUCGGUGUAGUUGCCGUAGACCGGGCCUGGGAACGUGCUCUCGAUCAGCUUGCGCGUGAUGGCGAGCGGGUGGUUCUCCUCCAGGUAGAGACGGCGUCCGACGUGCGAGAGGAUGGUGUCCGGCGUGUUGGUCCAGUCGUCCGUGCGGUAGGUUUCGCCUUCGAUGGUCAGGGAGGACUUUGCGUGCGGGCGUGUAGCGCCGGGCUUUGCUUUGUCGCCAUGGUCGUCCUGCGUCCGCCGGAUGGCGGUUGA